AUGAUGUUCCUGCCGUACAGUAGGCGCCUGCUCUUCUGCGCCUUUGGUCGCCGCUGGUGCUCUGGCCUCUCUUAUGUCCAGGGUCAGAGCCCUGAGCCCCGCAUCAGAGAGUACUUCUACUACAUCGACCACCAGGGCCAGCUUUUCCUGGAUGACACCAAAGUGAAGAACUUUGUCACCUGCUUCAAAGAUAAACAGUUCCUGGUUUUCUUCUUCAACCGGCUGCGAGCCAAUCAGAGCGGACGGUAUGAGGAGGACUUCCCGUUCGUGUCUCUGUGCGGCAGGGAGAGGAACUUUGUGCGAUGUGACGACCGGCCGGUGGUCUUCACUCACCUCCUACAGACCGAGCUGCUGUCGUUCUGCGGCGGAGCGGACAAACUCACGGAGCCGUUCCGCCCAGCAGCUCUGUACAUGCACCCGGACAGUGGGCGAGUGUACCACCCCUGCACUGACAAGGCCGGGGGUGUGGGUCUGGUCCGCUCAGCUCUGGCCAUAGAACUGAGCGCGCAGUUUGUGUAUGCGGCGGACGAGAGCCAGUCUGGGCAGCCGACGCACUUUGUAUGGGACGGCAAACCGCAGGAACUGACCAACGAGCUGGCUGCAUAUUUCAACCCUGGGCAGAGUGACGACGGCCAGAAUGGAGGCGUGGGAUGA